UCGCCGCCGAGGAGCUGCGGCGGCGCCUGGAGGGAAGGAAGAGCAGCCCGCGACCCCUGGGGAGCCUCCGCUCCUGGGCACGGACGGAGGGAGCACGACCCAGCGCCGAGCCCGGGCGGCGGAGAGCGGCGGCCGCGAUGAGCAGCGGCGAGGCGGCGGCACGGCCGGGCAGCGCCACCGGCUCCCCCCGCGCCCCCCGCGGACCCGGGCAGCCUCCCCCGCCCGAGCCGCCCCCGCCGCGGCCGGCGCCGGGCUCGGGGAAGUUUGACCGUGCGUGAGGAUGCGGAUUUAUUCCUUCCCCUCUCUCUUUCCCUGGCCGCCGGCGCUCGGCGUACUGGAAGCGGCACUGCACAAAGCCCGGAGCGGCGGCGAGCCCUGCGUGUGCCGUAGUUGGUGUGUGUGCGGUGUGUGUGCGUGUGCGUGUGCGGUGUGUGCGGUGUGUGCGAGUGGCGUUUCUUGUUCUCUUGCAGGGUACAAUGUUAAAAAGCCACCGCUAGUCGCCCCCAGUGCUCCUACUCUCUGGGUCUUUUUGUCUCUAGUGCAGAUUAAACGUCACGUCCGCACUUGAACUUGAAUUUUAUCCCAUUGUACAGAGGCAGCCCCAGCCAUAGAGAGACAGAGCGCUCCCAGAGAACCAGGACUCCGCCAUCUUCACAUUGCAAUAUAUAAUAGUAAUAGCCAGCACCAGCCCAGCUGCACUGGGGGCUUCCUUCCUUCCAGUCCCAGUGCCAGGCGAGGGGGGAAGAGUGCAAAGUGGUGCAGGAGCACUGGCAAUCCAAAAGCACCAGGGCAAAGCAGUGCCACUUGAACUGGGAAAGAGGAGACACAGUUUCGGCUACCCCUUUUCAAAAAAUUCUCUCUAUAUAUCUACCCAGCAAGGGUCAAUCUCUGAGAAACAUUUUUUUUGGCGAUUUUUUUUUUUUUUGAGUGGGGGCUAUCCCAAUUCUAGUACUUUUCUUCCUUUUUUUUUUACUACAGUUUUUUAAUUUUAAUUUUUUUCCUUUUUUCUUUUUUUUUUCUUUUUUUUUUUUUUACCCUCUUGGUGGAAAAGCGCACUUGCCAAUUUGCCAAGCACUCUGGAAAGAGGGAAAGAGAAAAGUGUCAGUGGCGGUGCAUAUCCUCCUAAGUUCAAGAAGAGAUCUGGAAGUCCAAGUGGCAGAAGCAGUGGAGAAAAGACAGUGUGUGAAAGAGAAAGAGAGAGAGAAAGAGCUUUUCCUGAUGAUGAUGAUGAUGAUGAUGAUUUUUAAUUGAGAGGGAAUCCCAACCAGUGCACCACAGCAGCGACAAAAAGGAGGCUUUUUUUUCGUUUUUGAUUUUUUUGAAAGAAGAACUCGAUAAAGAAGAAGAAGAAUAAAGAGGAGAAAAAAAAAGAGGAGGAGGAUCGACCCCCAACACAUCCCCCCAAACCAGUGCAGCUCUCCAGGCGAUGCCAGUGUAAAUGCCAGGGCAAUGUCCCGUCGCAAGCAGGGAAACCCGCAGCACUUGUCACAAAGAGAGAUUAUCACACCAGAGGCUGACCAUGUGGAACCGGCACUGGCCGAUGAGGACGAGAGCCUGGCAAUAGCAGACCCAGGCGGCAUCAGCAUCGCCGCAGGCGGGACAGACCCUGACUUGCUAACCUGCGGACAGUGUCAGAUGAACUUCCCGCUGGGAGACAUCUUGGUUUUUAUAGAGCACAAGAGAAAACAGUGCAAUGGCACUGGUGGUGUCUGCUAUGAAAAGAGCAUGGAUAAGAGCAGCCCUCCCCCCUCCUCACGCGCCGAGCUCAGGAAAGUGUCAGAGCCAGUGGAAAUCGGGAUCCAAGUCACACCCGAUGAAGAAGACCGUCUUCUCACGCCUACAAAAGGAAUUUGCCCCAAGCAGGAGAACAUUGCAGGGCCGUCCAGGCCUGCAAACCUGCCGGGGGCUCCCAUAGCUGCCUCCUCCCACCCUCACACAUCCGUGAUCACGUCACCUCUCCGCGCACUGGCCUCCCUCCCGCCCUGCCUUAGCCUGCCCUGCUGUGGUGCACGUGCAGUCUCAGUUGGCGGGACUCAGACUGAGAUUCAGACUGAGACGUCAGGCACAUUUGGAUGUCAUUGUCAGUUGUCAGGUAAAGAUGAGCCUUCAAGCUAUAUUUGCACAACAUGCAAGCAGCCUUUUAAUAGCGCUUGGUUCUUGCUUCAGCAUGCCCAGAACACACAUGGAUUCCGCAUCUACCUGGAAACAAGCCCUUCAAACAGUUCCCUUACUCCACGCAUCACCAUCCCUCCUCCUCUGGGACCGGAGACUGUUGCACAGUCCCCGCUGAUGAAUUUUCUUGGAGACAACAACCCCUUCAACCUUUUGCGCAUGACAGGACCCAUCUUGCGUGAACACCCUGGCUUUGGUGAGGGUCGGCUCCCAAACACACCUCCGCUGUUCAGCCCACCGCCUCGUCAUCAUCUGGAUCCACAUCGCCUUAGUGCCGAAGAAAUGGGGUUAGUUGCCCAGCAUCCCAGUGCCUUUGACAGAGUUAUGCGUUUAAACCCCAUGGCAAUUGAGUCCCCAGCGAUGGAUUUCUCCAGAAGGCUUCGAGAGCUAGCAGGAAACAGUUCCACACCUCCGCCAGUCUCACCCAGUCGCACCAACCCUAUGCAUCGUCUGUUGAAUCCUUUCCAGCCGAGUCCUAAAUCACCUUUUUUAAGCACCCCGCCACUGCCCCCCAUGCCCCCCAGCAGCACUACGCCUCCCCAGCCUCAGGCCAAGAGCAAGUCCUGUGAAUUUUGUGGCAAAACAUUCAAGUUCCAGAGUAACCUUAUCGUGCACCGGCGCAGUCACACAGGAGAAAAACCCUACAAGUGUCAGCUCUGUGACCAUGCUUGCUCCCAGGCCAGCAAGCUAAAACGCCACAUGAAAACGCAUAUGCAUAAGGCUGGCUCCAUGACGGGCAGGUCAGAUGAUGGACUGUCCACCACUAGUUCCCCUGAGCCGGGCACAAGUGAGCUCACUGGAGAGGGACUGAAAUCCAGUGAGGCAGAUUUCAGGAAUGAGAGCGAUCCUUCCUUGGGCCAUGACAACGAAGAAGAGGAAGAGGAGGAGGAGGAGGAAGAGGAGCUUGAAAAUGAGAGUCGGCCAGAGUCGAGCUUUAGUAUGGACUCAGAGCUGAGUCGCAACCGAGAAAACGGCUCCAAGUCGCUGCCAGAUGAGAAAUCCCUAGUCCUAGGAAAAGUCAUUGAGAAUGUAAGUCUAGGUGCCAUUCAGCAAUAUAACGACAUGUUAGCUGAGAAACAGAAGAGGAGUAGCUUCAUGAAAAGGUCCUCUGACCAGCGAGACUUGUGUCCUCGAGACCUCUGUCAGAGAGAUCCGGGUGACGAAGACUCAGUGGUAGGAGAGCUGGACCGCACUGAGGAAGGUACGGUCAAUGGAAGAAACUUUGGCCCGGGUGAACCCUUCCCAAACUUGUUCCCCCGCAAGCCAACGCCUAUCACGAGCCCCAGUUUAAACAAUUCCUCUAAAAGAAUAAAGGUAGAGAAAGAUUUGGACUUGCCACCAGCAACGAUAAUACCUUCCGAAAACGUUUACUCCCAGUGGCUGGUAGGGUAUGCAGCAUCGCGGCACUUCAUGAAGGAUCCGUUCCUCGGAUUCACAGACUCCCGACAAUCCCCCUUCGCGACCUCUUCUGAGCACUCAUCGGAGAACGGGAGCCUGCGUUUCUCCACUCCACCGGGGGACAUGCUAGACGGGGGGCUCUCAGGGCGCAGCGGCACGGCCAGCGGAGGCAGCACCCCCCACAUCAGUGGACCCGGCCCCGGGCGACCCAGUUCGAAGGAAGGACGCAGGAGCGAUACAUAUUAGGGAAAACAAAAUUGUACAGCGGAUAACAAUCUUUAAAAUUAGCACUUUCUUUUGAAAUUGGAUCAAAUACGUAGCACUGACAAUGUCACUGAAGAUAGAGGCCUUUUCUGGAUGGAUUUCAGCACUAAAGUUAUGGCUAUGGCAACAAAAAAGACAUAGAUGCAGAAGGCUGCUACACUCAAAACCCAGAAACAUUCUUAAUUGUGCAUUACUAUAGGAUAGUUUCUUCUUGUUAAAAGCUAUAGCAACAUAAUGAUGCCAGUUUGUCACUUUCUGGAGUGUUUUUCCCUCCAUCUUCCCCUCCUGUGACUCUUCCCAGAGACAAUAAAAGUACAUCAUGAGCAUUUUAAUACUAUUUUCAAACCUCAGAGGAGCCAAAGGCCAUCUUAUUUUUUUUCUUUUAAAACUACAAAAUCAUAAAUUUGAAUUUAGGACAUCUACUUUAGUCCAUAUUUGCUGUAGUUGAUUACUAAAAGAUAGGAAAGUGUGAAUUUCUCAAUGAAAAGCCUCAACUCAGGCAUUUGGUUUAUGAAUAGAGGUAUUAGAACUAUCUUAGAUGCUGUACAGUGAUGUUAUUAUAAAGAAGGAAAAAAAUAAAUUCUGGUUGAUUUACUCGUCUUGGCAAGAUUCUGCUCCUACCGAAGUAGGUAAGAUUUUUUCCAACUUAAUUAGGAACAGAAUGAAAUUGUAUUCAGAUAAAAGCCUUACGACAGAGAAAAAUUAAAGCAAAGAAAAAUGCACCUGCUCUACUUUCAAAUUCCAAAUUUUUAAAAGCCUUUUUCAACUAAUAUUAGCAAACAGUAGACAAUUAUGGUUAGAGAUUUUAAUUAUGUUGACCCGCACUUUAAAUCUUUUGUUUGUGGUUACGAGAAAAAUGGCUUCUCAACAAGAAAUUACAUCAUAUUCUACUUGGCCCAAAGGUGGGUUAAACUGUAAAAGAACAGCUGAGAUUAAGUGUCAGUGUUGCUAAGCAUGGCAUUCACAAUACUGGCACUAUAAAGAAAAAUAAAUAAAAAUAAUUUAUUGGACAGUUUUUCUACUGCCAUUCAAUUUGACGUGAGUGCCUUGAAAACUGAUCUUCCUAUUUGAGUCUCUUGAGACAAAUGCAAAAUGUUUUUGUGAAAUGGAAAGACUUUUAAAAAAAAAAACGUAAAACAAGAAAAGUACAUUCUUUAGAAAAAAAAAAGAGCCACAUUUACUUAAAAAAAAAAAUUACUGGUUGAAGAUAGUGGACAUGAAAAUGCCAUAAGACCCAAUCAAAUGAAGAUGUAUACCCAGCACAACUUCGGACAUACAUUAGCUGAAUUAUUCUCAGCCUUUUUUUUUUUUCAGGACAACGCUGCUUAGGAAAUGGAAUGGAAAUGAUUUACUGCUGAAUUAAAACUCAAAUGACACAAAUUACAAGUUGCUAUCAUUGAAUGAGAAAAAACAAUUCAGGAACAACGGCUAAUUUUUUUUUAAAAGUUAAAUUUAGUGCACUCUGUCUUAAAAUACGUUUACAGUAUUGAAUACAUACAAGGGUAAAAAAGAAAUUGUGUGUAUGUGUGUUUGAGCAAUCUUUUUUUUUUUCAAAGUUUGCUUAAUAGGUUAUUAAAAAAAUGCCAUAAUGGCCAUGUGUAUAUUGUUUUCUUUUGGUGACGGGGUUUUAGUAUAUAUUAUAUAUAUUAAAAUUUCUUGAUUACUGUAAAAGUGGACCAGUAUUUGUAAUAAUGGAGAAUGCCUGGGCAUUUUACAAAACCAGAAAGAAAAAAAAAAUUUUCUUUUUUCCUUGAAAAUGUUGCAGUAAAAUUUAAAUGGUGGGUCUAUAAAUUUGUUCUUGUCACUGUAACUGUAAAGUCUUGAGUUUUAGUAAAUUUUUUUCUGCCUUGGGUGUUGAAUUUUUAUUUCAAAAAUGUAUAGAAUCUUGUAUUCGGGGAUUAAAAGGUGAUUGCUACACCAUGUAGAAAAAGUAUGUAGAAAAAAGUGCUUAAUAUUGUUAUUGCUUUGCAGAAAAAAAAAAUCACGUUUCUGACCUGUACCUAUUUUUCUCUUUUUUUCUCCCCUUUCCCCCUUCCCUUCCCCUUCUGGAAUGGAUAUUGAUAUUGGUUGAUUCAUAUGAUGUAGGCACUUGCUGUAUUUUUACUGAAGCUUGUAAUUUUUUAACUGUACGCUUGUCCUUUUAAAGGGAUUUAAUGUACCUUUUUGUUAGUGAAUUUGGAAAUAAAAAUAAAAACAAACAAACAGGCUGCCAUAAUAUAUUUUUUUAAUUUGGCAGGAUAAAAUAUUGCAAAAAUAAAAAAAAAUUUGUAUGUGAAGUCCUUAUUGUACAGGAAAAAAGGGGGUUGUUAGACGACCUUUGAGUAAAAGAAACAAAACAAAAUAAUUAAGUGCUUUUUUAUUUUACUUUUUUUUUUCUUGUUGUUGUUCACAAAUAAUUUUAGUUGUAUAUAUAUUUUUUUGUCAGAAAUGGCCUACAAAAAGUGCUGUUCCCACAGGGCUCUAAAUAACUUCAAAGUUGCCUGGACCCCUUGCAUCAAGGUUUUACCAGGUAUGGUUGAACCAGGCUGGAUGGAUACUGCCUAUUUGUGUGAAAAGAAAUUCCGUUCCUGGAAAGGUGUCUGGGGUGACAUCCCACAGCUUCCCUGCAGAUUUGAGAGAGAGAGAGGAGAUUUCUUCCCCUCCUUCCAAACAAGAAGAUGUCCAAUACAUCUUCCUUCUCCUGGCCAACCCCCACUCAUUGCUCCUCACACCCUGCCACUGCCCUCUGGAAGAAAGUCUUUUUAUAGUAAAAAGUGAGAGCUGCUGCAUCACUUUGACAUAAAAUGGUGAAAUGGCCUGCUCUUGGUACAGCUGUAAUCGGGUUGAAGUAAAAUUAGUCCAGGCACAGCCCUCCUCUUCCCUGUCAGAACAGGAUCGACUCCGUGUACAGGUCUUGCCAGUCCAUGUUAUUAGCUGCUUUGCUGCUGUUCACUUCUAAUUGUACAUUCCAUAAAUUUCUGAAUGUUUGAGGGACUGGGAUGAAAUCCUGUACCUUUUGAUGUCUCUCUUCUUUGCAGUUAUUUUUCUCUCUCUCUCUCUCACACUCUCUCCCUUUUGGGUCGAGGGGAAGACGUGGCAGAAGAGGCACUAAUGCUUUAGUGAAGGGGAGGAGAAAAUGAUCACCGCUCUUGCAGAAAAUGACGGUAAAACUAAAAACAAGAAAAAAAAUAUAUUGCCAUGCCAAAUUAUUCUGCUUUCAUUGGUGCAGAACCACUGGAGCAAUUGGAGAGGUACGGGUGUGACAGCAGGGAGAAUUUGGUCCACCUUAUCAGAUAGAUAUAUGCUUGCCUGGCUUGAAUGUCACACCCUUAAGUCUUCUGGACAAAUUCUGUAUCUCAAUUAAACUGAUAUAAAUCAGGAAUUAUUCAUCACUCUUAGUCCUGGAUUAUUCCAGCAUAAUUGAGGUCAGAAUGUGUUCCCUUAAAGGCAAAUUUUCACUUUUUGGUGAAAAUUCAGUUCUCUGGCUUUUGUAUAAAUCCAGUCAUGUGACAGAACUCAGAAGAAUCUCUUGGACUUGCAUCAGUGCAACGAAGAUCAAAAGUUAACUGCACAUUUUCAGUCCAUAAUUCAUUGACUUAAGAAAGAAUUUCACUUUUCAUUUUACUGUAAGUUGUUUAGGAGUUUCAGUCUCACUGUCGUUUUUAAUUAUCCUGGAUAGCUAACACCAGCAGUUGUCUAAUUUUGUGACUUAGAUCACUGAAACGAACAAUAAGUCACCCAAAAGCACAAGGGUUGUGUUUCUGCAGACUGUAGUGAUACUGAAAUGGCCCUCCUUUUCUUCUUGCUUAGAAGAGCCGUAGUUUACUAGGCCAUAAGCACAAUAUAACAUGGACAUAGCUAGAAUGCUGCCGUAGUUCUUUUCACACUUUUAGUUUUACAUUUUUUAAGGUUGAAUUUAUUACUUUCAUUGUUUCUAGUCUUGCUGCCAUUGAAGUCCAGAACAAAACUCCAGUUGACUCCCUGGCAACAGGACAGGUGCAGAAACCUGGUUUUGAAAAGAAAAAUAGAAAUUUUUAAGGAAAGGGUCAAAAAAAUCAGCAUUUCAUCCCAGUCCUAUGUAAAAGACAGUCCAAGGUUUUGUUUAUCACAGGCAAACUCAUUUUUAUGGUGCUCUUUGUAUUUUAGAACUGCAAAGCAAAGUAACAUUGAUUUAAGUUGUUUGCAUUUGUACCGGCAAGGCAAAAUAUUUUUAUUACCUUUUUCUAUUACUUAUUGUAUGAGCUUUUGUUGUUUACUUGGAGGUUUUGUCUUUUACUACAAGUUUGGAACUAUUUAUUAUUGCUUGGUAUUUGUGCUCUGUUUAAAAAACAAGAGCACUUUUUUUUUAUUAUGGAUAAAAUGUUGAGAUGGCUGGAGGUCAUUUCAAUAUGGCUUAGUGAAAUAUUUAUUGUUCCUUUUAUUCUCUGUACAAGAUUUUUGGCCUUUUUUUUUUCCCCUUACUGUCACAAUGUUGAGUUCAGCAUGUGUCUACCAUUUCAUUUGUACGCUCGUUCAAAACAACGUUUGUUCCAGUUUCAAGUUAUAAAAAUAAAUUGGACAUUUGACUUGAUCUCCAAA